AUGGCCGAAACCCCAAGCGCAAAGCGUCAAAAGUCCUCCAAGGACGUCUCCUACGAACUCAUCUACUGGCCAGGCCUUCCAGGCCGUGGCGAACACGUCCGUCUUCUCCUCGAGGAGGCCGGUGCCGAGUACACCGAUACCGCACAGAUCGAAGACGGCGUCAAGACUGUCCUGGCCCAGAUCGAUGACAAGAACCUGGGCGAUGAGCACAACCCGCCUCCCUUGGCGCCCCCCAUCCUCAAGCACGGAGACCUCCUCAUUAGCCAGACGCCCAACAUUUUGCUCUACCUAGGACCGCGCCUAGGCCUCGCACCCAAGAUCUCAGAAGAUGAUGACGGCAUCUACAUCAUCAACGGCCUCGCGCUGACUGCGCUGGACGGACUUAGCAACGAGGCACACGACACGCACCACCCCAUCGCAACGGGGCUGUAUUACGAGGACCAGAAGGAGGAGAGUAAACUCAAGGCAAAGGACUACAUUGCCAAUCGGUUGCCCAAGUUCUUUGGGUACUUUGAGCGGGUGCUCAAGAGCAAGGCCAGCGGCGAAGGUCCUUGGCUCUAUGGUGGGUCUCUGACAUACGCUGACUUGGUACUCUUUCAGCAGUGUGUCGAUGGUCUGAAAUACGCGUUCCCCAAUGCACUGAAGCGGAUCGAGGGCACUGGCGACUACAAGGGUCUCUUUGCGCUCUAUGAUGCCGUCAAGGAGCGGCCCAAGAUCAAAGAAUACCUUGCAAGCGAUCGUAGACAAAAAUACUCCCAGGGUAUUUACCGUCACUACCCUGAAUUGGAUGAAGAGUGA